AUUUUUUUACCAGCUAUAAGCUUUACGCCGACCACUAAGAAUGCUACUGUCUAACGGCUUUGAUAAUAAUUAUGACGCCCUAUUAAUUCUAAUCCUUGAAGUAUUCGAUUGCUUCUCAAGUAAAGUAUAAAAGGUGAGAAAAUAACCACAUUCGCGCGUGGUUAAAUUGACAAUAAGAAUCGCGUCUUGUAUGUAGCGCAAUCCCAGGAUAAAAAAUGCCUUUAGAUUUUAACUUAGAAUUAACCCACCCCCACGCGAGAUAAGCCCUGAAGUCCCAGUAAUUUAAAUUGAAAUGAUUCCAAUUAAUCAUUAAUCAGAAAAGAAACGGUCUUGUGUUCUGGAUCUGCACUUCAACUCUCUCAUUCUCAACGUAUUAUUACUAUGAUUUGCUAUAUUCUAGCUGGACGAUAAAGGCGUGAUUUCUGUGUCGGAUUACCAGCCUAGAGUGGAGCUCAUUUGAGAGCACGAGAUUUGAGACACUGCGACACUGAACGGGCAGCUACUUCUGAGCCCAUCCAAGCCAUGACGGCACGACUGCUACUUUGCACCUUGCUUAUCUUCCAAUCCUCUUUUCGCAUAAACUCUGAGGAGGAUAUCCGAGUGGGGGCUAUCUUUAGAUUACGCAAGGGCGUUCCCCACACGACGACUCCAGAAGAACUCGCGUUUCGCAUCGCUAUCGACCAAGUGAACAGCAACCCGAGUUUAUUACCGUCUAGGAAACUUAAGGGAUAUGUGGAGAGAGCAGAACCAGAGGAAGACUAUGACAAUAUAUUCAUGGUCAAUAAGUUGCUCCGACAAGGGAUCUCCGUUUUGAUUGGUCCAAUGGAUAGCAGUACCAUUCCCGCCAUAGGACCUAUGUUGUCUAUCGCGCAAGUCCCUCAAAUACUACCACUGACCAGCAUGGAUACGUCAGCUCUGGAUCAGAAUGAUUAUGGCUAUCUACUGCGCAUGGCCCCCACCGAGAAACUGAAGGCCAAGGUGAUCGUGGACAUUAUACAGCACUUUAAGUGGAAGCGGAUAGCUAUACUCGGGCUGCGGGGAGAUGGGUGUAAAGAAUAUUCACAAGGGAAGAAUGCCCUUCGGGUCCUAGCUCGGGAAAAGGAAUGGGAUGUUGUAGUCGACAGACUUUUCCCUCCUGACAACAAAAUGCCGCGCAUGAUCUCCCCACGGCAGGAGCUCAAUAGUCUCAAGCAUGCUAACGUCCGAAUUGUGGUCGUGUUUUGUCCGGCGUGGGCCGUCAAGCACCUCUUGCGCUAUGCCAUGAGAUUUGAACUGAUUGAUGAAUGGGCCUGGAUUUUCUCUGAUCUUGGUCAGAGUGACGAAGACUUGGUCGGUCGGUACCAACCCGUCCCGUCCUACAUGCGCGGGCUGAUGGGACUCAGGACCUCCGUGGGGAAAGGCAGAGCCGCAAGUCAAGCUAGGGACGCAUUCGAGCAAGGAAUGAGCCUUAGAAAUAAAACUGCCACUAUAUCGGCGUCGGCUGGCCAUGUGUACGACUCGGUGCUGGUCGCGGCUCAAGGUAUCGCCAAGACGCUUAAGCAAGGAGCUCAGAUAUCAAACGAGGCCAUGUCUGUAGGCUUCUGUUCGUCAAAUUCUGAGACCAUUAAGAAGGGUGGAAAUACUCUCUACAGGAACAUGAAAAAGACCAUGAUGCCCGGAUUCAUGUCAGAAUUGGGAUUUGAAGAGAAUGGAGAAGCCCGCAGUGCAAGUUUCGACAUACUUAACCUCCGCAAAGAGGGCACCGUUAAGAUUGGUGAAUGGGACACCCACUCGCAGCUUGAUAUGGAUAACAACACGUCCGUCCAGUGGAUGUCUAACAAGAAGAAAAUCCCACUAGACAUCCCCAACUACCUGAAAAACAAAACCAUCGACGUAGUCGCAGUAUUGGCUCCCCCGUUUGUGAUGAAGAAAACUGGUUCCGGCAGUAACGGCACCCAGGAGUACGAAGGGCUAAGUAUAGACAUGUUGGAAGAGAUGAAACAGAGCCUCGGCUUCAGCUACAAGCUCUAUCUCGCGCCAGACGGCCAGUUCGGUAGCAGGAGUAGGACUAGUAACAAGUGGAACGGCAUCAUGGGAGAAAUCAUUGACGACAAAGCCAAACUGAGCAUCGCGCCGCUGACCAUCAGUUCCGAGGGCCAGACGGUGGUGGACUUCACUCAUCCGUACAUGACGUUUGGAGUCGCGUUCGUGAUGAGAGUCAAAGACGUGGAAGAGAACUACUUCCGGUUCCUUACACCUUACCACAGUAAUCUAUGGCUGAGUAUCUGCGUCAUGCUUUUUGCUAUGGGAAUCGUUCUCUGGAUAUUUAGUCUGCUCAGUCCGUAUGGGUAUUAUGGACGCUACGCCCAGCACCCCCGAAAACACAAGGUUGACCGUGAGAUAAAACAGAGCAAGAACACCCUGAGCCUUGUCAGCGCUAUAUGGUCUUCCUUCUUGUGUUACCUUAGCCAAGGGGGCGAGCAACCGGCCAGUCUGUCCGGAAAGAUAGCCGUGUCCGUCUUCUGGUUCGCCAUCAUGAUCAUCAACGCCACCUACACCGCGAAUCUUGCCGCCCACUUGACAGUAUCCCGGAUGCAGACACCGAUAGAGACUGUGGAGGACUUAGCGCAUCAGACCACGAUAGAAUACGGGACCCUGAUGAACUCACAACUGCAGAACUUUUUCAUGAGGACGGACGUGCCAAGGUUUCUUGUGAUGGGCCAGUUUAUGGAACAGAGGAAGACGUGGAUGCCAGACAUACAAACCGCCAUCGACCGCGUGAUGAAUAGUAACUUCGCCUUUAUCUCUGACCGCCCUAUCCUGGAGUACAUAGCAAGGCAGCCUGAAUACUGUGGCAAACUCAAAGUCAUCGGCGGCCAACGCGAGUCUCUUUUCGCCUGCAAGAGGAAGCGCAAAAGAGGGAAAUGUCACAACUUUCUAACGUUUGGUAGCACUUACGGCUAUGGGUUCGCGCUCCCUCUCAAUUCACCCAUCACAAAUCUCUUCAACAUGGAGAUUUUCCGUCUGCAACGCGAUCUAAUCAUCGAUCGCCUCAAACACAAGUGGACGUACAAAACAAAGUGCGAGAUGAUUGACAAGAUGAAAGAGAUGUCAGGCAAGGACUCAGGGCAGUCCAUUCAGCGCGUCAGCCUGUACGACAUGCUUGGCGUGUUUGUGUUUAUGGCCAUAGGUAUUGCUCUUGGCUGGGUAUUUAUGAUCUUCGAGUGGGUCUACGCCGCAAUACGAGAUACUGCAUACAAAAAGCACCGCACGAUGUGCGAGGCCGUCUCGUUCCGUUUGGGUCGCGUCUGUAAGGACAUCUGGUGCAAGGAGGAGAAGAGGAGAGAAAGCUCAGACACCGAAGACGAGGCAACCACUGAGAUUCCACGAAACUCACAUCUCAGCCGCUGGGCAGUGCUGAGGACCAAGGACGACUUAGUGCCCAUGCGCACUGAGGCAAAUGGGUCGGUUUAUGACGUCAAAGAGAUCUCGCUGUGAUCACGUGACGUGAAGAUUGACUUGAUCACGUGUCAAGAGGUGAAGAUGGAGGUUCAUCGACAUGGACUUACUUGUCAAAUGGACAUUUUACACACAUUGUGUUGUUAAUAUCGCACUUUUAUAAAGUGACAAAAUGCUAUAGUUUUAAUAUUAGAACUUUACCCCAAAUGAUCCAAUACUACGAGGCUUAAGGAGGCGUUGGUUUCUGCCAGUGCAAGUAUAAUUAGUAAUAAUAAUAGAAUAUUAUAAGCAAAACUGCAUUAUGCUGAAAUCUCAAUGAAUAUAAUUAGUACAGAACCAUCUCUACUUUGAAUAUUUACGAAUAAUAAGCUUGGGUGGCCUUUGCUGCGGCCGUGACGUCAGAGAGCGACAAAUAAAAUCAAUAAAAUAAGCUCUUUUUGAUAUAGAAACUUUCUGGCUGAUUCGUGAGCGCUGAAUAAGUUGAUUUUUGGUAUUGGUAUUUUGCGCCGUUGAGUUACCAAAAUUUCACGGUUUUUUUUAGUGCAAGUCACCUAUACUUGCUGUCGUUUAGAGGCGAAAAAGGAAUUCCUGAAUAUCAUGAGUACUAUGGACCUUUCGGCCUUCCGCCGUAUCAAAUGUGCAUCACGUUAUAUUAUGCCAAACAGUGAUAAAGGUUUGUUGCUGUUGUUUGGCGCACGCUUGUCAGAACAGCGGAUUGUCGAGUCCAUCUCCUGGUGGUUGAAUCAUAGUACCAGAUGCAAUACUUUGUCUAAUGAACGUGCGUCAAAAAAGGAAAUUUUAAAGUCUACAAAGAAAUUAAAUGAUCUUCUGUGUAAAACAGAAAGUUUAUCUCUAUGUAUAGUUUGGCAAUAAUAGUCCACUGUUUUAUCAAGUAUUUGAACUCUUCUUAGGAUACAAUCUAAUGCUUAUAUCAUUGUAUGAUAAGCAGCGUGUUAAAUAAAUGAUAUAAAUUAUCUACUUAAA